CAUGUUGAUAUCUCAGCAAAUAAAUUUUAUAAGUAUUCUUAUGCUGUGCCAUUGUACUUUAAUUGUUUGGUCUAGUUCCUUAACACGAUCUGUAUCACCAGAAUUAAUCUCACCAAAUGUUAAUGAAACAGAUAAAUUUGUUACUUUGGUUGAUUCAAAGGCCAAAACAAUCAAAGUAUCUCAACUCAGUGAAGCCCGAUUGUUACGCUCAUUUUCAUCAAAACGUGAAGUUUCACUUUGGAAAGUCAUGUUGAGUUAUGGAGUUGCGAAGGUGCUUGAUGCUCCAUUAAUCUUUGCAAUGUCUUUAUUGAAAUCAGGGCAAAUCGUUAAAGAUGUUCUUGAGAAAAAUCCACUGGAACUAUUAAAAGCGAUGGACUACAUUCUUUCACGUUGGGGCAAGUAUUUGAAAAACAGAAAUAAAAACAAUUCUUAGUGUGAUCUGUAGAUAAUAUUAGACUAUUUUUCUUCUGAUGCCAAUUAAAAUCAAACAAUUUUCUCAGUGCCUAUUGUACAGUUGAAAUACAAGACUGACCACUAUGUAAUAAUUUUCAUAUGAUCGAUCAACAGUCAGCAAAAUAAUCAAAUUAACACCGGUCCUGCCGUGAUUUAACUUUUCAUUGUUUCACAUUUUCACAUGUUAAUAAAAUCUAUUUAAUGUCUGAUGAAAUUGUUAUUAAACUAAAGUCUUUUUGAAAAUUA